CUUUAUCCGCGCCUGCUCCGCCAUGUCCUCCCCAUCCAACCCCAAAGCACAGCCCGCUGCUGAGGGGUCGUCGCUGAAGCGGAAACGCCCCGCCGCUUGCGUGCAUUGUCACCAGCGCAAAGUCCGCUGUGAUGCGCGGAACGUCGGUAUUCCGUGCUCCAACUGCCGGUCGUCGGGGAAGAGCGAUUGUCGCAUUCACGAGAAGAAGAAGCGGACGCUCUCCCGAUCCCUUCAGCAUCCCGUCCCCAUUCGAUGUGCCCCGUUACCUCCCGCAAAUGGUGCAGCUGCUCCAAUUGUGGCAUCAAACCUCCCGGCGAGCAGGCUGUCGCAGCCUACCUCAUCACCUACCUCCCCGAAUACUCCCUCAACAACAACACAAAAUGCGCUUAAAAACCCUCCAACGCCGCAGUCGUUUCUGGAAGGGAUUACGCCCGAGUCACAGGCUGAGGAAGAUGAUACCCGUAGGCUUGAGAGACACCUGGUUCAAAUCUUGGAUGAGGAGGACCACCAUCGCUCGAUCAAGAGGGGUGUCAGAGUUAUAUACGUUGGCCAAGAUGUGUCAAAUAUCAACUUCCUCUUUCGACAGCAGCACAGCGACCGAAACGAUCAGGUCUAUCACUUCCCGGCAAACGAAAUCUCGAAGCACUGCAUGAACAACGGAUUAGAGCAGAUUCCCAGGGAUGCCUUCGUCCUUCCCGACCAACAACUCGCGGACGAGUUGGUGGAUGCUUACUUUGCCCAUGUCAACCCCGGCUGCCCGAUAAUCGACGAGGACGUGUUUAUGGCACAAUACAAAAGUCGAGAUCCCUCAGACCCUCCGUCGCUGCUGCUUCUUCAGGCCAUCCUCCUUGUAGGCGCGCAUGUGUCUCGUCCUCGCCCACAACGCGAUUCGCUAAAGACCGCCUUUUUCCGCCGGGCUAAAAUAUUGUUCGAUUCGCGCGUUGAACGGAAUCGGGAUAUUCUUGUCCAGGCAGCCCUUCUUCUCACCUGGUAUUCCGAUCCUGUUGAUGAUGACGUCUCCGCAAACGCUCACUACUGGGUUGGGGUGGCUGCCAGAAUUGCAACGGGCUUGGGAAUGCACCGCAAUGCGAGCUCUAGCAGGAUGGUGUCGAUUGAUAAGCGCAUGUGGCGGCGGGUUUGGUGGAUCUUGGUUCAGUUCGACGUUAUGGUAUCCCUAUUGUAUGGGAGACCUCAGGCUGUCAACUUGGAGGAUUGCGAUGUUCAGCCUCUUACUGCGACGGAUUUCGAAGGUUGUGGGUGCCGCGUUCAAAUUGAUUAUGUGAUACACUAUACCGAGCUUUGCACCAUGAUUUCGUUCAUCGUGAAAGAAAGAUUUGGGUUGCGAGUCAGUCCCGAGCGGCGGAAGGCCGUUCUCAACGAGGCGGAUAAAGCACUUGCGAAUUGGUCGCUUAUGCUCCCAGAUUCGGUUCGAAUGUCCUCUGCCGACUCCGGUUCGUGGCCGGCUCUCCUCCAUCUGACCUAUAAUAAUUUCCUGAUUUUGCUUCACCGCCCUCACCCUCGAGCUUCGGCGUAUUCGGAUGAUUACGGCCCUAACGAUGCUGAGAUAUGUAGCGCAGCUGCCGGCGUCAUUGUCUCUAUCUUCGAGGAUCUGAGAGAGAAGGAUCGGUUGAAAUAUUUGUGGAUUUCAUCGGUCAACGCCUUAUUCACAGCGAUGAUUCAAGUACGGGUGGAACUUCGAUUUUCAAACCCUGUACUAGCAAUCAACGGCCUUCGUCGAUUCGAUUCAACACUCGCCUCGCUUCGCAUUCACGCAGAAUACUGGCUCAACGCUGAGACGAUCCUGCGCCUAUUUGAGAGUUCAAAACGCCUGCAGCGUGACAUCCAGGAUGUCAAGAUACGACACUCCACCUACAAAUCGAAGGACGUGGAUCACCAUCAUCAGCAACGAAAACAUCCAGAGCCAACCAGUCCUGGGGCAGAUUCACAAUCAGCCCCACCACGUGUUAAUGAUAACAUCUGCCCACCCAAUGGCCUUCAGUUCGAUGACCGUAUCAAACUCUCUCCCUCAUCCACGCCAAUCCAGCAUCCCGCUCCCGUCGUUGACCACAUCGGAGUAACGAACCAGAUGACGAGCGGACCCGGCGGCCCAGCCGAUUGGCGACAACUCUUUUCGUUUGGUGACUCCGAGCAGGCUAGGCCAAUUGUCAUGGAGGACCUGACGGACAUGGAAGAUGAGUGGCGUGAAUUAUACCUGCAUGAGCCGGGCAUGUCGGAUUAUUUCCAGGACUCGUCCUGGAUGCAGCCGUUGUGAGAAAGCAAAGCAACUGACUACUACUAUAUGACAGUUUUCUUUAUGAUGUUGCUAUCACAUUUACCCCUGGCAGCAUUCUUCUUCCCACUCUAGAAGGAGAUGUCAAGACUCUUUUUGAUAGGACGGUAUGCAAUAACCCGUCAACCACUACUCGAGCGAGGGCGAGGGACUGCGCAUAUUUGAACUGUUUGAACAAUCCAUCGCAAACCCCAAAAGCCCUCCCAGGGUUGGACAAGUCGUGAUACUGCUGGCGGAAGAAACUCAUCUCUUUUUCAGAAAUUUCUAUUUCAUCAUGUCCGUCAAUAUCAAAUCAAAUCCGGAUUGUUGCUCCAACUGAAAAAGAAGGUGGUUCACAACCCACACGCGACGCACUCACUCACGCAAUACCCACUUUUAAUGGGAAUGUCAGCCCACACGCACAAACGCGUUCUGUCAACGUUGGAUUUGCCAAAGAAACGGGAUAUUUUCGCCGAUUAUUUAACAUCACCGACUGCUUAUGCAGGACACCUUCCCGAAGCGAUCAAGCUGGGUAUGCUUGUAUCAACGUCCGCCCGCAAGAAAAAGGCGUGGGACGUACCAUUCGGACGAGGUGGAGCGGCGCCGUUCACAAACCGCAAUAACAUAUCCUUUGCAAAUUUCAACAGUGUACCACCAUUAUUAUCUGUUAUUAUUAUCACUAUUUUUAUUUUCUUCCUGGAGCGUCGGCUUCUUGUUUCUUGAAUGAAGGCACAGGAGGGUUCGGCGCACUGGUUUAUGUUUAUUAUCAAACUAGGGCUACAGGACUAUAUCUAUAUUGCUAUUUGAGAUGAAUAAAAUGGCUAUACUGAAUAUUUUAGAUUUAUAUGUACAUACAACUUUUUUUUCUACGGGGUGGUUCUUGUUCGCUUUGAUAGUCUAUUUUUAAGGCUGCUAUUUAGACAGGAUGAAUAGCUAACUUAACAGUUAGAUAGUUAUUUUUAAUAAUAAGUUCCGUUAUAUCUUUCU